AUGUCAGCAGAAUCACAAAACAGAAUGUUGUUUGUGAUGGUUGAUGGUCUUGCAGAUGUCUCCAUACCCAAAUAUAAUGGAUUAACUACAUUACAGAAAGCAAAUACACCUACAAUGGAUUUAAUGAUUAUAAUUGCUUUCAAAUUAGAAUAUGGUGUCAAUGGUAUAAUGGAUCCUGUAGAACCUGGUUAUGCAUGUGGUAGUGAUACUGCACAUCUUUCAAUAUUUGGUUAUGAUCCAAGAAUAGGUAGAGGUGCAUUCGAAGCGAUGGGUGCUGGACUUGAUAUGGUGCCGGGUGACAUUGCUUUCAAAUCAAACUUUGCAACCAUCGAUACUAAAACAGGUAUAGUUACAUCAAGAAGAGCAGAUAGAAACUUUGAACAUUUAGGACCUAUUCUAUGUGAUUAUCUUACUGGCGUAGAAUAUAGUAAAUUACCAUCAUUCCCAGAUUACAGAGUUGAUGUUAAAUAUGCAACAGAACAUAGAUGUGGUAUUAGAGUUAGAGGUCCAGGUUUGACAGAUGCAAUUACAAAUACUGAUCCACUGAAAGACAAUCUACCGUUACUUAGAGCACAGUCAUUAGAUGGAAGCAAAGAGGCAGAAUUCACUGCUCGUUUGGUUAACGAGUUAUCCGAUGUUAUUCGGGCUGCUCUCGAGAAGCAUCCGAUCAAUGCGGAGCGUGCCAAAGAAGGAUUGGCACUCGCCAAUGUAGUGCUGCUAAGAGGUUGCGGUGUCAGAGCAGAGGCACCCACCUUUUUCGAGAAAUACAAGAUGCGUGCAUUCAUGAUCGCUCCAACCUGUAUCAUUGCUGGCUUGGGUAUGUCCAUUGAGAUCGAUCUCGUUGAGGCACCAGGUGGAACCGGUGACUAUCACACCGACUUUGACUCCAAGGCAAGAACAGCAGCCGCUGCCAUCAAGAGUGGAAAGUAUGACUUUGGUUUCCUUCAUAUCAAGGCGGUCGACGAUGCUGGACACGAUAAAGAUGCUGAUCUCAAAGUACGAUUGUUAGAGAAGGUCGAUGCAAUGCUGGCCAAGAUCGUCGAUGAACUUGGCCAAGCAGAGUUGGAGGGUGUAGCCAAGUUCUCUAUUUGCGUAACCGGUGACCAUUCUACACCUGUGUUAUCGGGUGACCACUCUUGUGAGCCAGUUCCUUUCACCAUUAGCAAACCACUACUCAUGAAACAACCGCAAUCACAUGAAAACUGGAAGUUUAUCGACAAAGUUCAACAAUUCUCAGAGAUUGACUGUAGCAGUGGAGCAUUAGGUAGAUUCCCAGGAUCACAAAUAAUGAACAUCAUCACUCAAUAUAUGAAUACAAAACUAUAA